AUGAUUGACGGCUAUGAAGGAAAGCUGGGUCGGAUCCUGUCAGUGGAAGAAGUCGUCGCACAUCCUCUAUACCUCCUCCAACUAGCUGGUGACAUCGAAGAUUUGUCAACAAAGUUCAGAAAACCAGAGACACCACGCAGUCUUCUCGCCGGCAAUGGCCACUGCUCAGCACUGGUAAAGCUGCUUCCUGACUUCUCGGAUAUCUACUUCUCCCAUGUCACAUGGUCAUCAUAUUCGACCAUGUUACGCAUGCAAAAACGAUACACGUUUGCCACAGGGGAUCCUGGAAAAAGCUACUCUUUCAGCGGCUAUCCAGGCGCGAUCACAUCUAAUGACGAUUUUGUUCUGACGUCGGCUCGCCUCGCAAUUCUGGAGACAACAAUCAGCAAUUACAAUGAGAUGCUAUUACGAUUCAUCACACCAAAUAGUGUACUCUGCUGGUUGAGAGCCCAGGUUGCUCAUUCGUGCACUUCAUCGACGGGUAUCCAAUGGGCAAAGACUUUCUCAAAGUUCAACUCUGGCACCUAUAACAAUCAAUGGAACAUUUUGGACUACAAGGUGUUCAGAAAAGGCCGUCUCGAUCAUCCAUCACAUGGACUUCUUCAUGUGCUCGAGCAGCUACCGAAUCAUACCGCACAUGCUGAUUUGACUCACGUUCUCUUGCGGAAUACCUACUGGCCAAGCUACAAUACCCCCUAUUUCCCGAAAAUCUUCAAGUGGUCAGAGAGUGAUAGAAUGGUGAGGAAGUUCGGUGACUGGUACAGCUACGACAAAACCCCACGGGCGUUAAUUUUCCAUAGGGAUCAGGGUUCUGUCGUCGAUAUGGACACCAUGAUCCAACUGAUGAGUUCGAAUAAUUAA